ACCGGGAUCCCCAGCCCGGUUUAGUGAUCGGAGCACGCCGCCAAGGCAGCGCGGAGGCUCCGGGUCCAUCCUCAAGCCUUGAUGUGGAAUCCCUCCCAGCAGUGAAAGGACAUAACCAUGGCAGGGAAGAGUAGCAAACCCAAGGGUCGCAAAGGCAAAGGCUCCAAGAAGAAACAAAAGAAGGAGGAGAAGGAAGUAGAUCUCCUCAGCCCAGCUGCAAUGCUCAAUGCUUACUACAUCUGUCACAAUGCCCGCCUUCUCCAGCUCCGGGGCUUUCCCUGGCCUGGUGCCCCCAAAAAGAAGGGGAAGAGAGGAAA